GGGAGAGCCCUGCGUGGGAGCCCGUGCCUUUAGGGAGAGCCCUGUGUGGGAGCCCCUGCCUUUAGGGAGAGCCCUGCGUGGGAGCCCGUGCCUUUAGGGAGAGCCCUGUGUGGGAGCCCCUGCCUUUAGGGAGAGCCCUGCGUGGGCCUUGUGCGCCUUUUCUGUCACAGAGUGACGCUUUAACGCCUUUUGGCCUUUAAUACUUUUCUGGCACGGCUGUGUGCCAUGAGAUGCACGUCACUGGGGUGUGAACAGCAGGGCAAACGCUAGCGACAGGUACAGAUGUUAAGCCUGACAAAAGUGAGGUAGCACGAUUACCUUGCCGGCAGGUGACGGUUUGUUGGGGGUUUUUUGGGGGGGAGGACACGGAUGUGUGGCUACAGUCCAAGGUUUUCAGCUUCUGCUGCAUGUGUAGCACUUGGGGAGGCUGUUUCACAGGGGUGGCUCCUCCAGGUAGGGGUCAGUUGCGCCAAUAACCGCAAAAUAGUAGCACGUUACAGAAGAGUUGAUGCUCUUUGCGGUUAAGCUUCUGGUUGUUCUAGUUCCAGUGUUCUUAGUCUGUUGUUUUUUUCUUUGCAGCGAUGAUAGUCUCUUCGUGUAUGACUGCAUCAAUGCGGAGAAGGUGACCUUAGGAAAUAAAGGGCAGGAUGGAAAAUCAACAGAUAAAGGAAGUGAUGAUAUCCUAGCUUUUGCCUUCUCCCCAUCAGGAGAUUAUUUAGCCGUGACAGAUGACAGCAAACGUCUGAUUCUGUUCCGUACGAAGCCUUCCUGGGAAUGUGUUAGUGUCAGGUCCGUGAACAGGAGAUGCACUUCCCUGGUUAUUACAGCUGCAGAAGAUAAGAUUCUGGUUGCAGACAAGUCUGGUGAUGUCUAUUCUUACUCAAUAACAGAACCCCAAGCAGAUGGAAAACUUCAGCUGGGUCACUUGUCUCUGAUACUGGAUGUGGCGCUGAGUCCUGAUGACCGGUAUAUCCUAACUGCAGACCGAGAUGAGAAGAUCAGAGUCAGCUUGGCAAAGGCUCCUUAUUAUAUUGUAUCCUACUGUCUGGGACACAAAGAGUUUGUAAGCAAAAUACUGGUAAUACCCAAUUAUCCUGAUCUGCUGUUGUCAGCUUCUGGGGACUCGACUCUGAGACUUUGGGAGUACAAAAGCGGAGAAGAAGUGUACUGCUGUCAUCUAGAUAGCGUCUGUGGGCCUGAGACAACCAAAACUGACCAGAAGUACCCUCCGUCAAGAAUAACCUACUGCUGUCAAGGUGGUUAUGUUGCCAUUCUAUGUGACUGUAUUCCCACAGUCUACGUCUUUCAGCUUGAUGCCAUUGCCCAGCAGCUAGUUUACAGACAGCAAAUCUCUUUGAAACAUAAAGGUUGGGACAUUGCAUUUGAGGAAACGGGAGAUCUAUGGAUUUUGCAGGAAGACAGUGAAGCUCCUCUUCAAUUGUACAGACCAUGUGAUGGACAGUGGAAGGCUGUAACUGAUGACAAAGGAUUACAGAAGAUGUCAAAAUAUGUUCAGGACAACUGGACAGUGUUUGAAGUUACAGGUUUUGUUGGCAGAGAGAGCUACUACAGCAGUCUCUACAAGGCUUCAUUUGAUAACAUGGAUGCUUACCUACAGAGGAAAGAGGAAAGGUCACAGCAGCAGAAAAAGAAAAGGCAGGAUCUGCGACGUGGUUCGAAUGGACAAACAAAAAAGAUGAAGACCGAAGAAUCAUCGCUAUGACCCUGUUGUCAGCUUGUAACUUUUGCCUUGCUGAAAGGAACUGAUCCAACUGCAGACUGGUUUUAAAUGUAAAAUGAAUUAUUGAAAAAGACUGGUUUAAACUUCUGUUCAGAUGCAGGUUUUCAGGUCACCUGAUGUGACAAUGUCCUGGUUGCAGCAUUCACAAUAUGCCUAAGCUUCUAGCAGCAUACAAGCGUUAGCAGUUCAGUCUUAGUAAUCUAAUGCAUGAUACGUGAAUACUGGAGAUGGUAUUUUCCUUGAUUUUGUUUUUACCUGCUGCGUUCAGGCUUUCUUCCUUAGGUGGAUGUGCACCGAUUAAAGUUGAUGUGAUUUUUUUAUUUGUUUUUUUCUUUCUUUCUUUAGUUUGUUUUUAACUUUUUAUAAGGUCUGUUAGUUGCUGUAACUGACUUAGUGUACCUGGCUAUGGGAAAAGGAAUGUAGCAAAAUUCUUGCUGUAUAUGAAAGGUUUUAACCGAGACUUCACCACCUCUGUUUUUCCCCUUUACCUUCAGUUUACGUGGUAGGGAUUCUGCCUAGCUUCCAAUCCAUUGCUUCUUUCUUGUGGCAUAUUUCUAUAGGAGGAAGUUCAAAAAUAGAUUUUAUAUACUGGAAAGUACAAGUAAAAUGUGUCGGUCAACUCUGUGUUAUUGAAAGAUCCUUCUAUGGCAAUGUGAUCCUCGUGUGUCUGUGCGAAUGAUUUGAGAGGCCUAUGAGCAAAACUUGGAGUGCAUUCUGCUUCUUUCAACAAGAACUCUUUCAUGUUGCAAUUAGCCAAGAAACACAUCUUUCCAAAAGUUAUCGCUAAGAGCCUUAUGCUUGUUGCUUCAUCACAGGA